AUGGCAGAGGACCCACAUCCCUUUCGCUACAAGUCUUUCAACGACAGACUGGCCUCCGUACACCUCUCAGCCGCCACUGGCCUCACUUCAGGCAGAGGCUCCACGCUAGCUGGUCUCGAUGUACAUGGAGUCGCCCCAUCAGCAGACGAGACGAUGCGCCGUGAUGAGGAUGACGACUUCGACACGGAAGAGGCUCGCAUGGCAGCCUUGCAAGCCUCUACAGCCUUUGGUUCAGCCCUCAAUGCCUGGUCUGAGCUCAAUCUCACCGUCCCCUUCGUGGCGCUUCUGAGAAGCAUCUCGCAGCAAUCCCUCUCCCUCCCUUUGCUCAUCCACUACCGCUCGUCCAUCGUCGAGGCACUUUGCUCUACGCUCCUCACGAGAGAAUCAGACUCUCAUCUAGCUUACGAGCCAGUACUCGAUCUCAUCCCGCGUCUGGCGCUGGACUUGGGCUCCGAGUUCCUGCCUGUGUACCCUCCCUGCCUCGAUGCGCUACUCAAGUCUACGACGAUCACCAAGAAUGCAACGGCAGGCGAUGAGCAGGGCGCUGCUCGUAUCGUGGAAAAGGCAUUCGAGAGCGUGGCGGCCUUGUUCCGCAAUCUCGCUCCCCUCAUCCUGAAGAAGGCCGACACGGAUGAUGGGCACGAUCUGCUGCGUGAGACGUGGACAAUCAUGCGACCGUACAUGGGUUGGGUUGCAGAAGAGGAGGUGCCGCAUCGAACCCCUCCGCAUGUUCGGCGCUUCGCUUCAGAGGCCUUCUCGCAUCUGCUGCGACGAUCGAAACAGCAACACCUUCGCAAUGCUGCGACAUUCAUGCUCGCGGAUGCGCAAGCUAUGCUGGAUCAGGAGCCUCCGCGCGCCACCAUGUCAGCGGGCGUGGCGGGCGUUUGGUCAGAGGUAGCCAAGUCCGUCGAUCGAAGAUUGCAUAGUCAGGCUACUUCGCACCUCUCGGCACUCCUCCUGGCCGGUGGCCGGGAAGUUGCGCGCGCCAGGCUUCUCGUCGGCAAGCUCCUCCUCACCUCGCUCGUUCAUCAUGGACAGUCUGCGCACCUCGCUCCCAUCUUUCAGCUCCUCGUCGAGUGGCUCAAGCAACGCCAAGAGAGUGGGGAUACCCUCGCGUUGGAAGAGGUCAUUCGCUGGCUCAUAGCAGCCAUGGGAACCCGCAAGGGAAACAGGGUCGACGAUAUCUGCAAAGCGCAGAUCUUCGCCGCCCUCUCCAAUCUCGUGGCCAGCGUCGAUCAAGGGCAAGACAACAGUUUUACUCUGGCUCUCUCUUCUCUCAUCACCACCGCACUGCCCAUCGGCCGAAUACCAGACCUCGUCGGGCCAGGUAUUAAGAUAGUCGACAAGCUGGCCAAGGCGCGCCAGCAAGACGGGACGGCCACCCCGCUCUUUAUCACUGUGGUUCUCUCCCUCGCCGACUCGGAGACGGCCUGGUCUGGAUUUAGGCAGUUCGUACUCCCUCAAGUGUUGGGGGCGACGCUCGACUCGAUCAGCAGGGGAGAGAAGGCAAGAGCGCAAGCGCUGCAUCUACUUGCAAGUCUUGUCGAGGCGGAUCAGCUGGCUGCGCUCGAGGAGCAUGCUCCCAAUGUUGUCAAAUGGCGAAGAGUUGUCGGGGAGCAUCUCGAGCUGGAGGUUGCCAAGUUGGACACAGCGAUCAAGCAGGGCGAGCACAGCUUGGCUGCUACGCAGACGCCGCUGGCUGCAUUGCGCAUCGUACCACUCUUCGCGGGCAAUGCGAAGAUCGCAGCGUCACUUCGGUCGUGCAUCAAGAUGCUCGCCGGCAAGAUUGGAGACGACGAAGGGUACCAGGAGUCGCCCGUCAACGCACGAUCCCUCCUCGCCGUCUGUGCCACUGCGCUGGUUGCGGUCGCGUCCAGCGAGAAGGCUCUGUUGGGCGAUGUCUGCAGUAAGACAUUGUGCGAGUCAGCCCUUCACCACCUCAGUGCGCAUCGUUCAGCCCUUCAAGCGACGCUAGAGCUCUUCAACGCAGGCAAGGCGAGCGCAGAACAGCUUGUGACCGCAUCAACCGCAUCCAGCCUCCUCACCUCCGCGCUCAUGAGCGAAGACGAGCACCUUCGCCAAGCGGCUACAGGAUGGGUGGCUGCCUGCUCUUCAUCCGGCAAUACAGCUCUCGCGAGCCUCUUCGCUACCAUGAGCACGAUUGAGCAGAUCCCUCUGCGCGUCGAAACGGUUCGUGAUCGCAAUGUACGUCUUCGCGGGCUCGUACGCGAACUCAUGCGACUCGACGUUGAGGCACCGAACGACGAGGAGGUCAAGCAUGCAGCGCAAGUGGUGUGCCGCUUCGUUGCGGGCACGCUCAAAUUGAACUUCAAGCCGCUUUGGGAAGAGUGCCGAAAGGGGCUUGCGGACAUGGUAGGGAGAUUUGGCGAUACGCUGUGGGAGGUGGCGUUCGAGGAGCUGGUGGCAACGAGAAGUAAGAGGACGCUGCCCGCUGAGUGGUCGACCGAGGAGGAGGCGAAGGGCAGCUUGGAUACCGUCGAGGAGGAUGCCGCCGAGCCGGAGCCCGAGUCAGAUCUCGAAGCAACCUUCAUCGACCCACAACGCUCCGCACGCUCGCAGCGCGUCCAUCAUUACUGGGCAGACAGCCAUCGUCCUCUCUCGAUUCUACUUCGUCGCCAACUCGUCAAGCUGCAAACCCCGCAAGGCAGGCUGGAUGUGGCCAAUUAUCGCGCGCAGAUCCUCUUGCUCUUCUCUGAGCAGCCCCAGGUCGUCGAGAAGCAUAAUCACGACUUCAUGGAGCACUUCUUCGGCGUGGUGGAACAGGUUGGGCUUGAGACGCGCGAGGAGCACGCAACAAGCGACGAAGAUCAUGAGAGCGCGACAUCCUUAUCCGCUCGCCUCGAUCGCCUUUCCUCGUAUCUCAAGGUCUUUACCAAAUUCUCCAACCCCAAGGCCCUCUAUCGCAGCAGCGAGCUGCACGCCCUCCUCUACAAGCUUGUGGCACGCAGCGAAGUCAGGCUUCAAAAGCUGGCGCUCGAGUGCGUGAUGACGUGGAAGGAUCCGACGCAGAAGCCGUAUGAGGAGAAGAUGUAUGCUCUUCUAGAGCAGGGCAAGUUUAGAGACGAGCUGGUCGGGUUAGAUCUCUCUGCCAAUUCGACGGCCGUGCAGCCGCAGCAUCGAGGGGGGGUAAUGCCCCUCAUUAUUCGCUUGCUGUUCGGCCUUGCCAUCGCAAAGAGGACAAGCGCGAGUGGAGCAGGCAAGCGUAUUGCGAUCCUCAAUGCUCUGUCGGAGUGUACACCCGAUGAACUCGGCGAAUGGGUGGGCCUGAUGCUCGCCCCCUUUUCGGACCAGCGGCACGUCGUCUCCCCUUCCCCGCCCACCGCCUUUCCUCAGCAGCAAGAAGGGUACCUCUCUCUAUUGAGCGACGUCAUCAAGCACCUGGGCGCGCAGCUCGUCGCGCACUGGCCUUCCCUCGUCUCCGUCACCAUCAAUCUGGCGUACCAUUCUUCACUCAAAGCCGCAGAAGAGGGGCCAGGAAGAGCUUCGGCCCAGUCUCGCGACAUAAGGCAGAACGCGGUCAGGAGGCUAGCAGAUUUCUACCGAUGCCCUGGCACCGAAGAAUUCGAUUGGAGCGCGUUUGAGCCGGCCAUCCAAGAGCAUCUGGUACAGCCGCGCCUGCCCCUCUUUGCUGCGGAGAAUACUCAGAGCCCCUCGGCAUUGUUGUACCUCUUUGCUGUUUGGUCUACGCGACAGGAGACGCUCAAGCUUUUAGAUCUCGUACUGCCGAGCGUGUACGCCGUACUGGCCGUGCCUUCCGUCAAGCCGGCAGUGGUAACGGUCAUACUGGACUUGAUCGACCGAUUGCUCACCUUCAGCGAAGACGAUACGGCCGCCACACCGCAACUCUUCGUCUCGGACCUUGUCACUGGCCUUGCACCAGCCCUGCAUCGCUCUGCCACGGCGAGCACGCCCGAUCCACUCCUUCAGCGUGAGGUGCAGCUCCUCGCCCGCCUCGCCUCGUUCGUCGACCAGUCGAGCGACGCCGAGCUGGUCCUCUCUGCUCUUGGCCCCAUGAUGAAGAAGAGCAAUCGUCUCAUCCCCGAGAAGAGCAAGGCCGACCUCCUCGCGACAUUCAGGGACCUGCUCCUACUCACGGACUCCUUCAAGGAUCCGCAAUCUGAGCUCUUCAAGAGGCACUACGACCUCUUCUCCUCCAUGUGGUCUCGGCUGCGCUCCCGUGAUGCGCGCCUCAACCUCGCGGGCUUGUUCGAGCAGAUCAGUCGGCUCGACACGCCCAACCUCAGUAGGGUCGCAGGCUGGGUGCGAGCCUUGAACGCGUACAGCGAAAGAAGACUUGACGAAGUGGACUUCGACAAGCGACUGGACGCAUUCGAUGAGCUAACUAGCGAGGACACGCCAGCGCUUACCGCGGUCGAAUGGCAGCCUAUAGUGCACAACGCCUUGUUCUUCCUGCAAGACGCGGACGAGCUUGUACUCCGCACCAACGCGGCGGCAGUGCUGAAGCGCUUCGUCUCCUCGGUCGCUGUUGACGCCAGCCACGAGGACCUCUUUGUUCGUACAGUGUUCCCCGGCUUGAAGCGUACCCUCAAAGCUCGCUCCGAGCUGGUGAGACGCGAAGCCCUCUCCGUCCUCGACGCCGCCGUCAAGGAGCUCCCGCACCUCGCUGCACUGGACGAGAUGCGCGGCCUGCUGGCGGGCGGGGACGAGGAAGCCAACUUCUUCCACAAUAUCCACCAUGUCCAAUUGCACCGUCGCGCUCGUGCGCUGCGUCGUCUCUCGGACCAUGCGGCUACUGGAGCCUUGAAGAGCAAGACUCUCACCGAAGUCCUGCUGCCCUUGAUUGGCCAUUUCCUCGAGGCGGGGCAUACCGAGAUUGGGGACCACAAUCUCGUCAAUGAGACGAUCGCCUGUAUGGGGUCGCUCUGUCGACACCUCCAGUGGGGUGCCUACAAUGGUUUGCUUUGGAAGUACUUGAAGCUGGCGGACGGCAAGACGCAGGGAGAGAAGGUCUUCGUGCGUACCGCAAUGGGCAUUCUGGACAACUUCCACUUCGCCAUGGAGGAUGAGAUUGUUCCCGAGGAGGGCGACCCAGCGGCGGAGGCGGAAGUUGAGGUGGGCGAGGAAGAUGAGGCAGAAAUGGCUCCAGCACCCGCGCAUAAGCCCCGCGACGACGUACAGCAGCAAAAGGUCAUCUCGUCGGUGACCACCAAGCUGCUUCCCGCGCUCAUGGGCUACCUCGAGCACCACGACGACAAGACAGACGACGCCAUUCGCCUACCGAUCGCUGUCGGCGUGGUGCGCGUAGUUGACGCUCUGCCCUCGAGCGACAAGGAGAUCCACCUCUCCAAACUCCUCAACGUCCUCUCCAACGUCUUCCGCAGCAAAUCGCAGGAGACGCGCGAUCUCGCUCGCGAGACGCUAUGCAAGACGGCAGUAGCCUUGGGACCGGCAAGACUCGGGCAGAUCAUUAAGGAGCAACGACGCGCCCUCACUAGGGGACCGCAGCUGGCCAUCUUGGCAUUCAAUGUGCACUCUCUCCUCGUGCACCUGAUGCAGAGCUCGACCAACCCGCUCACCCUCCUCGACGACGCCGUCGUCGACGCUAUCAUCAGCAUAGCCGCCGAGGAUCUCUUCGGCCACACAGGCGAGGAUCGCGAGACGAUCGAGUCCCGCACCAAGGUCAAGGAGAUGAGGCACAGUAAAAGCUUGGACACGUUUGAGCAAGUGAGCAAGAUGGUUUCUCCGCAGAGGAUGAGGGCAGUGUUGGAGCCUCUGAAGAAGGUGCUCGAGGAGACAGAGGUGCCCCGCAGCAUGAAGGCCGUAGAGGAUGCCCUGCGCAGGAUCGCCUCUGGCAUCAAUGCGAAUCAGCACUUCGACGCUGCAGGGCUGCUGGGAUUGUGCCACGCCUUGAUCGGCCGCAAUGCCGCCUUCCUCAAGGCGCGCAAGGCUGCAGCGAAGAGCAGCAAAAGUGGUGUAGCGGCGGCCAACGGUUCGAGCGAUCUCGUCCUGCUCAAACGCAAGGACGUCGAAGCGGGCAAGUCUGGCAGCUCAUCGCGCGACCACUUUGCCGUCAAUGCCUACCGUUUCGUAGCUUUCGGUCUUGACCUCCUCAUCACGGCGCUGCGUCGCACCCGCUUCGACUUCAGCGACGUUGACGUGCUUGGUCGUCUCGACCCUCUCCUGGCAGACGUGGGCAACACACUCUAUGCAGCAGACAGCUAUGUCCUUUCCCUCGGUCUCAAGGCAGCGGGAGCAUUGCUGCGUGUUCCCUCCCUCCCCUCUUUGCAGGCAAGUCUGCCCAUCUACAUUCGCCAAACCACCUCCAUCCUCACGCGCGAAGCCAAUCCUAGCUCGGACGUAUCACAAUCAGGUCUCAAGACUCUCACCGUCAUCCUGCGCGACUGUCCCUCUGCCGACUUCAAGGAGAAACAACUUUCCGACCUCCUCUCCCUCGUCUUGCCCGAAAUUGAGGAGCCGGGUUCGCAGAGCGCCAUCUUCGCCUUCGUCCGCGCCAUCGUUUCGCGACGCUUCGUGGUACCCGAGGUGUACGAUGUCAUGGACCGGGUGGCGGAGAUGGUUGUGACCAAUCAGUCCUCACAGGUACGUGAGGUUAGCCGAGCGGCCUUUUUGCAGUUCUUGCUGGACUACCCGCAGGGCAAGGGGAGACUGAAGAACCAGCUCGAGUUCCUCGCCAAGAACGCAUCGGGGUACACGUUCGAGGCGGGUCGGAUGAGCACUAUGGAGCUGCUUGGAGCCAUCUUUGCCAAGUUCUCGGACGAGGUGCUCAGAGAGUAUGGCGAGCUGUUUUUCGUCACGCUGGUCAUGGUGUUGGCUAAUGAUGAGGCGACAAAGUGUCGCGAGAGGGCAGCUGUCCUUCUGAAGGCGCUGCUCGGCAUCAUGGGUGCGGAGCAGCGGGCCCGCUUCGUCGGUAUGACUCAUGCUUGGGCUGAGGGUCAGAAGCAGGAGCUGGGUCGUGUAGGCUUGCAGGUGUACGGUCUCUUCCUCGAUGCUGGGAGUGUGGACGACGAGGGAGACUCACAGUGGACAAAUCGCGCUCUACGCAACGUCCGCAAGGUGCUGAGCGAAUGCGCCGACGCUCUCGAAGAGCUUGAGCAGGAGCAAGCGAGCACCGAUUUCGACACGGCUAUGGACAUCGAUCUGGACUGGCAACUCCCCUACCACGCUCUGCAAGUCCUCUUCAAGCUCACGCGCGUCCCAUCGGUCUCAGCCCAACUGUUCACCGCGCCCAACCUGUCCAACAAAGACGUAGCAGCCACCUGGUCCUCGGUGCGUCGUCUCCUCCUCUUCCCGCACGCAUGGGUACGCUCCGCCUCGUCUCGCCUGCUGGGCGCCCUCUUUGCUGGUGUGGGUCAGCCGACGGAGGCGAUGCUUCCGAGAAGUGGGAGCUCGAUGCUCAGCGUUGAGAAUUUGGUGGACGCGGCAAAGAAGAUGAGCCUGCAGUUGAGAAGCGAGGCGUUGGAUGACGCGCUGGCGUUGCAGAUCGUUAAGAACCUGCUCUGGGUGGGCAGGGCGUUUGCGCUGGUCUCGAGCGAAGGCGACGAGGGAGAGGCUAGCGGCGACGACGACGACGAUGGCAGCAACGCUGCAGACAGCGAAGACGGCAGUGAUGACGAUGAUGGCGAGGAGGACGGCCCCUCGAAGGUCAAGCGCUCUGGCUCCUCCCUCUCAGCCCCGUUGCCUUGGCUAUUCACCAAGCUUUCCUACCUGGCCCGCCCCUCCGAUUCUGCCCCGCUCACGUCGACCUCCAUCUUGACGCCACAAAGCGUCCUUCGCUGGUUCGCAGCAAUGGCUCAGCAUCUCUCCGUCGAGCGGCUGACCCCCUUCUUGCCGCACAUCGUGACACCAAUCUGGCGCAUCACGGAGACGCGCGCUGAUGAUCAGGCAGGUGGCAAGAAGAUGAGCGCGGAGGAUGGGCCUCAGCAGGCAUUGCGUGGAUUAGCGAUCGAGGUGCAGGAACUCGUGCAGGGGAAAGUCGGGGCGAGCCGAUACGGCAGUGUGGUGGCUCGCGUCGCUGAGCGUGUCAAUGAGCGCAGGAGGCAGAGGAGGGAGCAGAGGAGAAGGGCCAUCUUUGGCUCCCUUGCUGCCACGAUCGCUCGCAAGGAGAAGCGCAAUGCGGCCAAGCAUGCCAGUAGGAAGAGGAAGAACAACAGCAUGGAGCGUGGUAGAGGGGUGAGGAGCGCUAGGGGGAUGAAGAGGGUGAGGCAGAAGUGA